CUUCCAAACAUUCUAUUUCUUCUUUACUUCCUUCUUCCAUUUUUUCUUUGCCUUUUCUUCUCAUAUUAACGUUUUCGUUUUUCUUUAUGCCGGAAGAUCUGAAAAAAAUAAAGAAAUAACGACAAGAGAAGGCCAACCACCACCAGAAUGUUUGUUGAGACGACUAGAAACAUUGUUCACUCUGAUCCCAACAUAUCGACGUCAAACAUUAAUCAUAUUGAGGAUGCAGAUAAUAAUUACAAUGCAAGACACAGUAGUUUCUCUGCCUAUGAAGCCAAUCGUCUUAGUGGUGAAGGCUCUCCUAUGAUGAUGUCCCCAUGGAACCAAGGCUCUCCUUUUACCAAAUCCCCUUGGUCCAAAUUUGAUGACCAAGAUGGUAGUAACUCCCAAAAUAUCCCUCAAAAUGGCCUUAUUGGUUCACUUGUACGUGAAGAGGGGCACAUUUAUUCUUUGGCUACCAAAAACGAUCUUCUUUACACAGGCUCUGAUAGCAAGAACAUACGUGUUUGGAAGAACCUCAAGGAAUUUGCAGCUUUCAAAUCCAAUAGUGGCCUUGUCAAAGCUAUCAUUAUCGCAGGAGAGAAAAUAUUCACGGGUCAUCAAGAUGGAAAAGUUCGUGUUUGGAAGAUCCAAGCAAAGAAUCCUGGUAGCUACAAACGCGCUGGGACCUUGCCAAGUUUCUUCGAUAUAUUCAAGGCAUCCAUUAAGCCUAGCAAUUACGUAGAAGUCAAGCGUAAUAGGAGUGGUUUAUGGAUCAAGCAUGUUGACGCAAUAUCAUGCUUGAGCAUGGAUCAAAGCCAAGGCCUUCUUUAUUCUGCUUCGUGGGACAGAACAUUUAAGGUAUGGAACGUUGAAAACUCAAAAUGCAUAGAAUCAGUGAAAGCACAUGAUGAUGCUGUGAACUCUGUGGUGACGAGCGUGGAAGGCAUAGUGUAUACAGGAUCAGCUGAUGGAACAGUGAAGGUUUGGCAGAGGGAAAGCACUGGAAAACACCCAAAACAUGUAUUUGUUCAGACACUUUUGAAUCAAGAAUGUGCAGUGACAGCAUUGGCUGUUAGCAAAUCUGGUUCAGUGGUUUACUGCGGUUCAUCUGAUGGUGUUGUGAAUUUCUGGGAACGCGAGAAGCAAUUGUCACAUGGUGGAGUCCUCAAGGGCCACAAAUUGGCAAUUUUAUGCCUUGCAGCAGCUGGGAAUUUGCUGAUGAGUGGAUCAGCUGACAAAACUAUAUGUGUUUGGAGAAGGGACAAGUCUGUACACACAUUAUUAUCUGUUUUAACUGGUCACAAUGGGCCAGUGAAAUGUCUAGCAGUUGAGGAGGACAAAGAGUCCACUGGAAGUGAUCAGAAAUGGGUGGUUUAUAGUGGAAGUCUUGAUAAAUCAGUAAAGGUUUGGAGUGUUUCAGAGAAGGCACCUAUGAUGAUGCAGAAUAAUAUGAAUGGAGAUAAUGUCUCUUGGGAUACAGUCUCAUCUGCUAAAUAUUGAUUCAAAAUGGCAAGGGAUUAAUUAUUCUUCUGUAUGUAAUUAUAAGUGAUACAUGACAUUAUGGUGAGUAAAUUUUUGGCCAAUGACUCCUGCAUAAUUGAAGGUAUGGAAUUGGAUGGACGAAUAAAAUUCUUUUUAUUUCUUUUCAUUAUUUGAAUAAUACUAUGAACAUUGAUUGUAGGAUUGAA